UACACACCAUUUUCCAACAAAACAAAACACAGGGCACGACAACGGAGGAAGUGGUCCCUGACUAGCGUUAACCAUAUUUAUUUGUGGUUUAAUUCGUACUAGAUAAGCAUAUUUCACAAUUAUAAUACGGUCACAUCCCCUAAAUAUUCUGAACGUCUAGACUUAUUGCCAUAAAUGUCGCUGUUUUGAUUGUAGACCCCAUAGCUACUUUAUUGUAUCGUCAAAAUGCUAAUGCUAGCAUCUUAGCAGUAAUCAUUGUACUGUUGAGGUGCUGCUCUCGCUAUUACAUUUUUGUAUUGACUAAUAAAUUGAAGCAAAAGCGUCGAGAUCGUAAUAUAUCCAAAUUAUGGCUACUGGAGCUGAUGUGAGAGACAUUUUGGAGUUAACCGGAGGAGAGAACGAUGGUCCCAUCAGUAAGAAAGACCUCAUCAACUCGGAUAAGAAGAAAAGCAAAAAGUCUUCAGAAACGUUGACUUUCAAGAGGCCAGAGGGCAUGCAUCGGGAGGUUUAUGCUCUUCUCUAUUCAGAUAAGAAAGAUGCCCCACCUCUUCUACCCAGUGACACUACUCAGGGCUACAGAACAGUCAAAGCCAAAUUGGGUUGCAAAAAAGUACGUCCCUGGAAGUGGAUGUCUUUUUCUAAUCCAGCCCGUAGGGAUGGUGCCAUAUUUCAUCACUGGAGACGUGUUGCAGAGGAGGGAAAGGACUAUCCAUUUGCUCGAUUCAACAAGACAGUGCAGGUACCGGUCUACUCUGAGCAGGAGUAUCAGCUGCAUUUACAUGAUGAUGGUUGGACCAAAGCAGAAACUGAUCACCUAUUUGACUUGUGCAAACGUUUUGACCUUCGCUUCAUAGUUGUUCAUGAUCGUUAUGAUCACCAGCAAUACAGGAAACGUUCAGUGGAAGACCUAAAAGAGCGCUAUUACAGUAUAUGUGGGAAGCUCACAAAGGUCAGAGCAGCUUCAGGGACAGAGCCUAAGAUUUACAUAUUUGAUGCUGGACAUGAGAGACGUCGCAAAGAACAACUUGAGAAGCUUUUCAACCGAACACCUGAACAAGUGGCAGAAGAAGAAUACCUUAUUCAAGAGCUCAGAAAGAUUGAGACAAGAAAGAAAGAACGUGAAAAGAAAGCCCAGGAUUUACAGAAACUUAUAAAAGCAGCUGACACGACCACAGAACUGAGACGUGCUGAAAAGAGAGUUUCCAAAAAGAAACUUCCCCAGAAAAGAGAAACAGAAAAACCAGCUGUACCUGAGACUGCGGGUAUUAAAUUUCCUGACUUUAAAUCAGCUGGAGUCACACUUCGGAGUCAAAGGAUGAAACUGCCAAGCUCGGUAGGCCAGAAGAAGAUCAAAGCCAUUGAGCAGAUGCUAGUUGAUCUUGGAGUUGACCUUAACCCGCUACCUACAGAGGAGAUUGUUCAGAUGUUUAAUGAGCUCCGUAGUGACCUGGUACUCCUCUAUGAGCUGAAGCAGGCACACAGCAACUGUGAGUAUGAACAGCAGAUGUUGCGCCAUCGAUACGAGGCGUUGCUGAAGGCAGGCAGCGGAGGAGCUGCUACAGCAGUUGUAUCAGUAGCAACGACACAGAGUGGAGAGGUCAACUCUACAAACAGCACAACUGCAUCCACACCAAGUGCCGAAGGCCAGCCCUGGCCUGGUGCAGACGACAUCAAGGUGGAAGCCAAGGAACAGAUCAUUGAUGUGGUAGGAGCACCACUCACUCCCAACUCGCGCAAACGGAGAGAAUCAGCCUCUAGCUCAUCUUCUGUGAAAAAAAUGAAGAAACCUUAAGAAGGAGUCUCAUGUUGGAGGAUUAAAGGAGCAUUUGAGCAUCUCUGAAGACUGGUCAGUUACAAAUCCACAAGUGAAACCAGGGGCAAGGGAGAAUAGACUAUGUUAUAGUUUGGUAAAUGCUUCACUGACAAAGAUGGACAUAAAGACACUGCUGUUCUCUUGCUAAUGAGACCUCACCAACCCUUCUCCAUCUGGCUUUGCCACCAUCGCUUUCAUAGAAGCAACAACUGAGUGACAUUUCAUUCCAUUACCUUUCCACUUCUUGCUUCCACCCUCGCUCCACCUUAGAUGAGGCAAGAUCAACUGUAAAUUGCCAAGCUGAGCUAAUCAGAACAUGUUGGGAAGCUUGGAAACCCGAGGUAAUUGAAAUGAAUGAAUUUGGAUGAAAGAAGAAAACUCCUGGAGUUAAAGCAUGAAGCCCCAAUGCUUAUUUGGCACCUAUGAGUUUUCUCCUUUCUAAUCAUGGCAGAGCAAUUAUUGGAAAUUUGUUAUUUGUCCGUAUGUCUGUGCCUCCCUUCUGAAAGAGGUUUCAUCUGCCUGUGUUGGACAUUUGGUGCUGGCUUCGUGACCUUGAAGAUGCGUUUCUAAAUGAUUAAUUAAACUGAAUUGCUUUUUCCAUGUGUUGUGUAAUAA